ACUGGAGCUCUCUAUUAGCAGUGCAUUCUAAGUGGUUUGUUUUUGUAGUCCCUGGCUUUCAGAGCCAGAUGAUGACAGAUUGUAAGCCACCUGAUAUCUUUCAUCCUCCCCGGUGGAGGUGUUUGUUCCGCCCUGAGCUGGUCCUGGUGGACUAACAAGCAGCCGGCACGUUUGAUGGGCAAUAGGAAAACACAUCUGUUCUCCCUGGCUUUACUUCAGUGGAGGAAAACAGCAUAAACAACCUCACUACCCCAGCCUCAUUUCUCACAUGUACCCUGGCAUCUCCCUGAAGAAACAGCUCAUCAUUACAGGAAGACUGCUGUAUUUCAGCAUCCUUCACUGCAAUGGCAGCCUUUACAAUGGCAAAAUGGCCCAAAAACCUGAAUGUAUUUUAAUACAUCCUUUAGCAGUUGUAAUGAUACUGUGUUCUCUCAUGUGAGACAUGUGUCUCAUGUUGUCCGCUAGAUGUCAGCAAAGAAAAAGUGUAUGCACAUCUCAACGAGAAAGCUUCUCUUUGCUCAGGAAGCUCUCUUUGACGAAAGCAAGAUGUCUGCGUCCUGAGCACAAUGUGAAAAAUAAACAAAUAGUCCACACGUUAAUAUGUAACCUUGAUACUUUGUUUGUCCAAAAAUUUGUAGUGAUCGCAGAGCUCAUAGAACUUCUGUGCAAUGGCCUUACGCGUAUGUCAUUCAGCUUUUCGAAAAUCUCUUUGCAGAGCAAUCAACACAAACUUCACUGCGCCACUGGAAAAUGCGUCACCAUCCCUACGAACAGGUUCUUCAACUCUUCGUCUCCGGACAAAUAGGCAAAGUGUAUUUCACUUCACUCCUGCCUGUUAUAUUGCUUCGGGGGUGAUUUUGGACAGAUUGGCAAAAGGCAAAGCGCCAGGCACGGAUGACGGUCUUGGCCACCGUCCAACAGCAGUUCCGCCAGAGCCAGGUGAGCACCUGUCACUUCUUCUGAGACAUCCAGACCAACCUGAGAAUCCCAGACUUAUAAGAGUCGCAGUCGUAGGUGCCCCAAAUGCUGGAAAAUCAACAUUAACUAACCAGUUGCUGGGCAGGAAGGUGUUUGCAGUUUCAAAGAAAGUACACACAACAAGAUCUCUUGCCCUUGGUGUCUUUACAGAGGAUGACACCCAAAUUAUUUUACUUGACACUCCUGGACUUACCACCCCAGCGAAGGCAAAAAGACACCAGCUGGAAGACUCCUUGCUUGUGGAUCCGUCAAAUUCUUUACAAGAAGCUGACCUAGUCGUUGUACUGGUGGAUGUCUCAGACAAGUGGACUCGCAACAAACUGGACUUUGAGGUGCUGAAGUGUCUGGCCCAGAAUCCACACAUCCCAGCUGUCCUUGUUCUCAAUAAGGUGGACCUGCUGAAGGGCAAAAACAUGUUACUGGACAUUACAGCAGAGCUGACUGAGGGGGUAGUCAAUGGGAGAAGGAUAAGUGUCAAAGCAGCAGCAGCAGCAACAAGGACAUUUAAGAAGAGAGGAGAUGUUGAGGAAUCAGACCCUGCAGACACAAGAGCGGUGGAGCUUGUCACAGGAGACCACAGCUCACGAAGGUUAAGCAGAGAAGAAAUGAGAGCACUGCGAUCCCAGAGAGGAUGGUCACAUUUCAAGGACGUGUUUAUGGUGUCGGCCCUGGAUGGCGAGGACGUUGAGACACUCAUGAGGUAUUUUAUGGUUGAGGCAAAGCCUGGUUCAUGGUUAUACCACAGUGAGGUUCUGACCGAUCAGAGCCCUGAAGACAUGUGUAGAAAUGCCGUCAGAGAGAAACUUCUGGAAUACCUUUCCCAGGAGGUGCCGUAUACCAUGACCCAGCAUAUUGAGCUGUGGAAGGAGCUGGAGAGUGGGGCACUUGCCAUAUCUGUGAAACUUCAUGUGAUGAAAGAAAGUCAUAUGAAAAUGGUGAUCGGCGCAGGUGGGCAACUGAUUGCCAAAAUUGCACGUGAGGCGGGUGAAGAUCUCACACGAGUUUUCCUGCGGGACGUGCAGUUGAAGAUCACAGCAAAGGUGAAGAACUGAGGAUGUCUGGGAUGUUUGUCUCAGAAAAACCCCUUUUCAUUGGUGACAUUCAGUUUCAACCAGCUUUGACCUCCGAGCUCAGUACGGACUCAUUGCUGCAGCUUGUCUUAGUGAGGUGAUGAUUACAAGACAUGCACUGCUGGCUGUGAUGGACAAGUAGCACACGUACACAAGUAGCACCAGUUGUGGUGGCUUACUGAUGAGGAAAAUGUAUGAGACUUCUUUUUGAUGUCAUACGUGUUACUGUUGCUCAUUAUCUGCCAUAUUGUUUGUCCUGUAAAAUAUGGAUUCAUAAUGUUCAAGAUGUAUGUUAAAAUAACAUAAUAAACUCAUUUGCCCUGUCAUUGUAGAAAACGGUUUUAGCCUACAGUCUACAGAUUCACAAAGCUUUACCCAGAAAAGUCCACCAAAAUCUAUAACUAAAUGUUCCUUAGAUUCCCCUCCUCCUCUCUGCAUCUAUAUUUUCAUUCCGCUUAAAAGGUCUUUUGACCUCCUUCCUUUCUGCAGUCUCUCCCAAGUCAGUAGCCACAGGAAGGCACUUAGCCUCAGAGGACAAGAGAGCCUCUAAUGGAAUGCAAAAUGGAGCACUGUCCUGGCUAUGAAAUGGGUUGGAUAAUGGCGAUCGGGUGCCUCUCUGUCCCACUGUUUUAAGUUUGUGCAGCAGUCAGUUUUAUCUAGGUCAUCUUGAUCUUGAAUCUAAAGCUAUAGCGCUGACAGGGAAGGACAGGGCAGGGCAGGGCAGGGCAGGGCAGGGCAGGGCAGUCCUCUCUCCCGCCACUGAAUCAUGGCUUGGUUCACUGAGGUCAGACACAAGGAGAGGAGGGCACAGCGAGUUGGACAACUUGGAGGCAGAAUAACCAGAGCUUCUACUGCUGUGGGGAGAGUGAAGAGACUGUGGCCGCAAAUGUGUGAUUUGUGAAAAAUGUCUGACAUAUUUAACAUAAAAAAUUAAAUAAACAUAUAAUUGUUUCAGUAAA